AUGCAGAAAGUGCAGCACUUGAGGUUGGCCAUCCAAGACGACGGCUACCAGAGGUUCUUUGUGGAGCUGCGGAACCCCGAGAUCGUGUUCAAGAACUGCGGGUCUCGGGAAUGGCGAGACCUGUUCGAAGAGAUGUUGGGUAUCGAAUACGAUGCGGAAAACGGGCCGCUUUGGCAGGCCCGCGUGACCCGGAUGGGCCGCGAGGACGAGGCCAGUUGCCAGAUCGUCAACGGCUGCGUCAACCACGGCUACGUUCUCCUGAUCGGAUUCCAUCACUCGAUAACGGACGGGACGUCGAAUGCCAAAUUUUGCACGAUCCUGCUGAAGAUAGUGAACGCUCUGUUGACCACCGGGUCGGUGCCGGAGGGCGACGAGGUGACCCUGGCGCCCAGCAUGUGGGACCUCACUUCACCCGAGCACAUGCAGAAAUUCCGGGUCUACGACCCCCGGGACUUGCUGUCCCUGGCCAAGGACUGCUACAACUACGGCUUCAACGAACGCAGUCAGUACUUGCGUCGGUUCCCGCCCCCCAAGAACAUGUUCCACUCGGAAAUCCGGAGUGGGAUCGUCACUGCUGAACUGACUACCGAGAUAACGACUGAACUGAUCCGAGCUUGUAAACGCAAGGGCGUCACCGUCAGUGGAGCGUUUACUGCAGCUGCGGGUAUUGCUAUCUACAACCUGAUCACGAGGCCCGAGGGACCCACGCCAGCAUUGCCAAAGGGGAAGCGGAAAUUCGGCAUCAAUCACGCGGUGAACCUGCGGCGGUACUUUGACAAGAGCAACCAGGACGCCUGUGGGUGCUACUUCAACUUCUUCGACGACCACGUGACGUGUGACGAGAACUCGUUGGCGCGGUUCUGGGAAGUCGCUCAUGAGGCGACCAUCAGCAUUCACCAAAAUGUGGACAACGCUCGUGGACUUAAAAAGCAGCGGAACCUGGAUUUCAUCUUCAAUUAUUUGUACCCGUCUGACUGGUACUGUUCCUGGCGUCGUCGUCGUGCCUUGCAUUCUGCCAAUUCUGAAUUCUCCACGUCUAACCUGGGGGCUGUGGACAAGAUGUUCAACGGUGUUGGAACACCAGUUGAAACCAUCAAGAUGUUCCGGUCAACAGCCAUGCACUACCUGCCCUCGCUCUUCACCUGGUUCUUCCAGACCUUCAGGGGCAGGUUCACGGGGCUGCUGGAAUUCUUCACCAACUUCGUGACACGACAACAAGCCCAGGACUACAUUGACGAAACAAUGCGAGUCCUCAUUGCAGGCAUCGAUUUGGCGAGACUUCCGUCGUCGACGGAACUGAUGACCAGCGAGGUUAUUGCACGCUAAAAGAAAAAAUGUUAUCCGCAAAAUGCGCUGAUUUUUGGUUCCCGAAUAUCGACUAACAAUUGACAUCCGGAAACGAAAAAUGCGGGACCAACUCGGGAUUAUUUUUCAGAAAUAAUCAUUGGAUAAAAAAUUUUUUGGAUCGCGAACCAAAUCUGGUUGGUUAUACGUAAUAUUUUUUAUUUCGGGAAAGGGAAAAUCGUGGAGGGAAUUUAUGCGACAGAAAAAAAACGCCUUGGCUGUAUUUUUCCCUCUUCUCCCGCAUUCAGCUUCUAGGGGGGUAAAAAUCCAAGUUCCCUGGAACGUUUUGCGUAUUAUUUUAAGAUAAAGGGAUGUGUGGAGUGGAUACAUUUUUUUUGUCUGUUUGCAUCACGGGGUUUGAUUUUGUGACCGAGUGUUUUUGCACGUUUUCUGCUGCUGAUUUUUAUUUUCUGAAUGGUCCGUGAAAAGCUUUACGCGAGAUUUCAACGGGCUCGUGAACAUUUUUGUGUGUGGGAUAUUAUUAUUAUUAUUUUCUCCUCGUGAGCAUCAGAAGAUUUUUUUCAGGGGUGGAAGAGGAGGAAAUACUAAAAAAAAAUAUCCGGAUGGCAUUCCAAAGCAGUGUUGGGAGGGAUUCCACCUUUUCUUCAGACAUUUCUUUUGUAAGAACUUUUUUUGUGCAAAAAAAGGGUACUUUCAAGAGUGAAACUCAAGAAAAGCUCACAAAGUGGGUAAAUUAUGAUAUUCAUUCUGUUCUGCAGAAUGAUGUUUCGUGCGCUGUCCAAAACAGAAUUUACCUUCUUCUCAUCACAAACUUUCCAUUGCUAUUCGUGAUCUAUGCAGAAUAUUUUGCAACGCGUCAAAAUCGAAUGUUUUGUUUCUUGUUUCAAAAGUUAACAUGUGAAUUUGACCCUUUUUUUUGAGUGGGGGGUAAUGAUGAUUUUGAAGUGAGGAAAUCCCUUCGUAGUGUACAAAUUUCGAGAACCCAGGGAUAUUUCAUCUCACUCUUUUUUUUCCCCUCCUAGAAUUUGUAGAAAUGGAUACGAACACGUUUUUCAACUUCUUCGGAAUCUUGAAAUUGCUGGUUCCAACGUGCUGAAAUCGAGCUGUGAUUUCAAAGAGAAGUUGACUGGCGAGUGUUUUGAGUGCGUCGCUCUCAGUUGAGUUUCGUUUGCGACGAUUUUUUUUUAUAUCCAGUAAUGUAAGAAAGAAACGAUGCGGGAAAAUUUUUUUCUCUGAUGAGGUAAUCAAGAAAUCGAUCGGGAAUGAUUGCAUCAAACGGACGUGUGAGACAAAGAAGAAAUUUGUUAAGGUUGUCGUGCUUGAUUGUGCAACGAAUUUGCAGAGUGAAAAUCAGUAAAAAAAGACAGAGUGUUGGAGCAGUUUUCUUUCAUCGAUCAAAGGGG